AUGGCGACGAUGGCAGACGACACUGCGCUCAGCGUCGACGAGAUCUUCAGCAAGUACUCGGUGGCGGAGGCUAAGGAGAUUGCCGAUGGCUACUCGAAGAAAAUCGACCAGGCCUCCGCCGAGUUAUACGACUUGGUCGGCUCCAAGUACCGCGACCUCAUCAAGAUCGCCGAGGAUAUCAACCAAUUGUACGGCCAAGGGCGAGAUAUUGAUAAUGCGUUGUCGUCAUUGGUUUACCGGCAACAGACGUUUGUUCCCUUUGGCGAUUCGCCCCGCUCCAAGUUCAAUUCUCGUCAACGAGCCGCAUUGGCGUCCCAGGCUCGAGCCGACAACCAGGGCAAUAUUCUCCGCAAUUUGAUCAACAACCGGUUGCUUAAGGUCGACUUGUUGUUGACUGGCGGCCUCAAGAUCCGCCACACCUCCCAGUUCAUCCACCAUGCCAAAGUGUUUUAUACUAUCGGCCAAAAGUUCCAUGAUCUUUUGGAGCUGGACCCUCUGCUUGAUCUGUGGUUCCGGAAACUUAAACAGAGCUACCGCAAAUACCUUGAGGACCGUAUACGAUCGUAUAACGUGCUUCUGCCCCACCAAAUCGCCUCGGAUGCCGUGCACCUGUCACAAGUAUUUGACAAGCUGCAUUUAACUGGAGACCACAGCUACUAUGACGAUGAUACCACUGGUAGUGAUGAUGAUGACGUGUCUCUGCUUAAAGAAACAGCAGUGUUAUACCCCAAUAUCGAUGUCGUCACCUCUCACUCUGCGGCUAUAGUCAACUAUUUGGUGGCCUAUACUAUCCUUCUUGCCCCUGAUGGUGAUAUUGAUAUUGGUAAGGCUUUGGUCGAACUUCGUCUCAAUUAUUGGCAAGAAGUGGUGGAUAAAUUUGCCGAUGUUGAUAGUGUGUCUUUUGUCCAUGCCAUCAAGUAUGUUGAGGCAACGUUUGAGUACGCUGACCUCGUACUGAACACUUCCAGUGACUACCAUAAAGUACUCAAUUUGACCACUCGUCCCUGGAAAAGUCGUGAUUUCAUUGGCUACAAAAACUGGCUUGAGAAUGAAGAUGUCACUUAUUCCGGUGACAAUGUCUUAUUCUCAAAUGCAUCCGAUCAGCUUGAUCAAUUGAUUAAGACCAUGUUUGAUUGGGUUGCAAAACUAAUAGACCGGCAAACGCCCCACUCAGCCCUUGCCAUUGCCCAUAACGCCAAUAUCUUCGCUCGCUUUGCUUUGGACUAUUUCGGCAUCAAAGACUUUUACGCCAACUUUGAUACCACCUUACUUUUGCUGACUCAUAUCGAUAAACUGACACAGUUUAGUGAUCUUCUAGUGGCAGUGACUGAGGUUAUCCUCCAUCACUUUGAGCGGUACUUCCAGCAAGGACACAAAGCAGCUCUAGAAGCCGUGGCCAAAAAAACGUUAUCCUUGCAUAUCCCAUCACCGUUUUCUGCUGAUACCAUGAAACUAAUGGAUUCUGACAUCGACCAGUACCUCAAGGUGGUUUCAGCGAUAACACUGGGAGGAUCAUCUCCCGUUGCUGACGCGGUAGGCAAGUGGAUCACUGAGUACAAGUCAUUUUGUACAGUAAUGCGCUUUGCUGAUGAAGAUAGUAUCAUUUCACAAUUGUUAAAAGUUACCAAAGCAAACGAUAUCGAUGGAUUUACAUCGGGAGUGAUCCAAAAGAAACUCGAGGCAGUCCAGGAUAAGUCACACAAAUUGUUCAACAAGUACUUGGCCGAUAUUGUUGACAAUAUAGAUCGCGAUCUGAGUCCGGUGAAGCAUGACCAAACUGAUGAGGUUUACUUCUAUUUGGAUGCUCUUAAAGUGAUCAAAGAAAAGACUCAUGGCAUUAGUGAUAUCACUGAUACUUUGUCACGUGUUGAUACCUUGUUGAAUCGGUUGUACGACUUGGUCAUCGAAAAGAUUGACUCAACAUUUGUUGUCAACUAUACCGAUUCAGGUGAAGAGGAUGUACCCUUGACGCCUUCGAUCGAAUUACGACUGGCAAUCAGUCAAAUCACGCAAAAACUUCUACUGGGCGGGUCCACUGAGAGAAAAUUCGGUAAAUUGUUUCUUGAUGAACUGGUACACGAUUUAUUCAAGCUGAAGAAGAACCAAUGGCUUGCUAAAGCCUUUGAGAAAUUCCAAAAUCAGACGGUGUCGCCCAAUGGAACCACAAACGACAACACUGAUAGCGGUACUGAAAAGUCGACAAACGGAGUUACUACACAGGCUAAAGAAACCGACUUAUCAGAUGACAAAGCUGCUGAUAAAGCUAACAAAGCAGCUGCUGAAGAUGCCACUGAAGAUAUCACCGAUGGAAAAAAGGAAGAUGUCACUGAUGACAAUACGGAAGCAAUUGCCGAUAAAGCUGCUGAAGAUGUUGUCGAUAAACUGUCUAAUGGCUCAAACACAAAGUUCGAUCCCGCUCGAGCUAGUCAACGGAAGUUUGCUGAUUUAGUUUACCUCAACCUUUUGAUGGGCAAAUCAGGCACCGAUAUCACUACCGAUAUUGAUGAUACCACGCGUAACGUCAUCAUCGGUGGCGUCACCCAAUACCAUACUUCAUCUAAGUGUCUCUGGUUACCCCUUCUGGCCUAA